GAUACAUUCAAAUUGUAUGGCAUCAAUAGAGCAGCUUUCCAAGGUAGAGAAUCCCUAAUAAAUGCUACAAGAUGAUUCUUCAACUUCAUCGCAUGGAUCUGAUUCUUCUGACUCUUCAUAUGAUUUCGCACAGGACUUAAACUAAAAGCCCUCGUUUAAGAGAACUCCUGAAGAAGAGAAGGAGCUUCUUUAUAGAUAUAGAGGUAAGUUUAAAAAAUAAAUUAAUAGGAAAGCAUGGCUUAAAAUAUGCCAAAAUAUCAAAUGAAUAACGACAGAAGUUGAUAAAGCAAGUGACUACAACAGGCUGCACUAUAAAAAGCGCAGCUAAGGAAUUAAAUAUUAAUUUUUCAACUGCUAAGGCAAUUAUGCAGAUUUAUAGAAAGGAGGGUCGCACUUCAAAGAAAAUAAAGAGGGAGAACAAGAAAACCUUCUAAACGAAGUAAGAAACUCUAAACCAAAGUAAUUACAAAAUUUAAAUUUUUUAGCCACUUCUGAUAAACCAAAUUAUGGUGAAUAACCACCAAAAAAAGCUGAUGUGGUGUAAGAUAAUUUAGAAACAAAUCUUUAUCAAUAAGCAGAAGAGACCAAUAGGAGUUAAGCCCUAUUUAUUUAAUAAUUAAACACAUAGGUAAAUAAACUUAAAUUAAUAAAUAUUAGAAUUUAUUAUUAUAAGGCCGAGUACAGUAAUUGCAAUAGGAAAAAUAAUAAUUAACUCAGAACUACUCCUAACUAUCUUAUUAAUAUCACCAAUUAUAAUAGAUGGUAUCAAUUAUCAUGUCAUUUCUAGAUGUCACAAAUGAUGCCUUCAUAUUAUAGACCUUAUCCUUGA